AUGCAAUCACUGGCCGACGGUUCGCCGGUCUCGCAUCAGACGUUGGAGUCCGAGAGACUGGCGCACUCUCAGCUUUGCGACAUCGUCAAGGACUUGAGCUUGGCGUUCGGACCCCAACUGGUCAGUUACUUGUUUUGCGUGUUCCUCGAGCAUUUAGCUCGGUUCUAUUUCAUGACGUAUCACCCGGAAUCCAUGUCCAGUAACUUGGACACGGCCAAUAACGUUAAAGCACUGCAACCACUGAUGUUCAUAGUCCACAGUUGGAUCGGCGUGUAUCUGAUAGCUUAUCUGUCCGACAAAGUCACCGAAUCCAGCAAAGAUAUUAUAACAAGCUUAAGAAGUAUACCUAUAUGGAAACUACCAAGAUGUCACUCUACUCAGAUAAUGCUGUUCAUGACUCAAGUGCAAUGUUCCAAUACAGAAGUCACGGCAUGUGGACUUUUUAAAGUGAACAAAACUAUUUUAUCCUCCAUCACAAUGUCUUUGGCCACUUACAUUAUUGUAGUAAUACAAUUGUCACCGAACAUCAAACAAAUAUUUAUAAAUUAAAAUUAUCUGUACGGUCACUACAUUUAAGUUAAUUAUGCGGCCACGGGCCAAGUGUAUUGACUUCACAUUGAUGCAAAAAUUAUAAUCGCGUUAAAAAACAUUUCAACACAGUAUAAUAGGCCAUCCAAACCAUCAAAUUUGGUUUGAUUUACUAUAAUAUUUGGCACAGUAAUAUAAAAAUAAGAGGUUUUCAUGGAUCACCAGGCAUUUCGUCUACCACUUCGUUCAUCUUGGCAAACAAUAUUUAUAAUAAUAA